AUGGACUCUGUUGCGAAGGCGAUAAAGGAAGCGAAGACGGCAGUGGAUGAGGCGCAGGGAGAAGAGGAGGAGGCUUUGAAGACUGCUGGCAGGGCCGCAGCAUUGGCAAAGGUUGCUAUCUCCAUGAAACUGCUCGAGGUGAAGCGCUUCACUGCUGAGGCAGGAAUCCAGGCGCAGCGAAGCUUACAGGAGCACCAGCAGUCCCUGCAAGGCUCGCUCGCAGAGAUCGAGGUUCUGAAGAAGCAGGCAGCGGAGCAGAAAGAGGUGUCCAAGCGGAAGGAGGCCAACCGCAAGGUUGCUGAAGCGGAGGCUCUUGCGGAGAAGGCCGACCAAACAUCUGCACCCAUCUUUGACGAUGAGAAGCUGGCCACCAUGUCCGCCCUGGACAUCCGGCAAGCCGGAGAUGUGAACCAAAAGGCCUACAAGGAGACGAUCGAUGCCGUCAACCAGGCGCAGCGCAUGAUCACGAUGCUUCAGAUAGAGGCCAAGAACAAGGAGAACGCAGCCGAGCUCGCAGCAGAGUAUGCCAAGCUACAGGCGCGACUUCGCCAGGCAGAAGCCAACGUCUCGCACUGCGCCUCUCUGCCGGAGCCCGUGCAGAAGCAGCUUGUCCUCAAAGGAUUCAUCGAUGAGGUGGAGUCGAAAGUGAAAGCAGCGGAGGGAAAGGUGGAGACCGCAGAGCAGUUGGGGAAGGAGGCAGAGGAGAAACCUCUUCCGGAGCAGGAGGAGCCAGCAGUGCCCCAGGCGGGUGGUAUGUAG